AUGACCAGCCUCGCCGCCCCUGAUAUCAAGCUGCCCUCCGUCGAGCUCCAGGCGCCUGAGGUUGACCUCAAAGUGCCUUCUGCCGAAGUCUCACUCGACGGGGCUGAUCUUGAAACCUCUGGCCUGAAAGGGAAGUUCAAGAUGCCCAAGUUUGACAAGCCCAAAUUCGGAGUGUCGCCCCCCAGGUUGGAAGGGCCCAAAGUAGAGGUCAGUGUGCCCAGCGCCGAGGUAGACCUCCCCUCUGUUUCCUUGACAGCCACAGGGGAGUCCCCCACGCUGGGCCUGAAAACUGACAUCCCCAAAAUUGAAGGGGCCAGCUUGAAUCUGGAGGAGCCCUCCCUCAAAAUGCCCAAAGUCGACAUCAGAGCUCCCAAGGUGGACAUCAGCUUCCCAGCCGUCGACAUCAGCCUUCCAAAGGCCAGCAUCGAUGUGCAGGCCCCUGAGGCAGCCCUCAGCCUCGAGGGGGAAGCAAAAGCACCGGAGGAGGAGGCUGCAAAGACCAAGGACGGCAAGUUCAAGAUGCCCAAGCUCGGCAUGCCUUCCCAGCAGGGAGGCCAAGGGCCGCCUGGCCGCCGAUGUGGACGUCAGCCUCAAGGAGCCCCAAGUGACGGUGCCCUUGGGAAGUGCCGACAUCGAGGUGACCCUGCCCGCAGCCGAGAUGCAAUCUUCUGCUUUUGA